AUGGCAACCCAGUCCUACCAGCGAAACGGUCGAUUUGUGCGACCGGAUAGCACCUUUCGUCAUUUCAUCACGAAGGAUCCGCAGUCCCAGUUCCCAGCUGAGGCUGGCCGGUAUGCCCUCUAUUUAUCCCCCGGUUGCCCAUGGGCCCACCGCACACUGAUCGUGCGUCUGCUCAAGGGCCUAGAGUCAGUAAUCGACGUCUAUCAAGUGCAUCCAUUCAUGGGCCCCGAUGGUUGGUACUUUAGUGGAUCGGACGGCUCUUUACCCAAGGACCCCCUCCAUGGUUUUAAGACCUUAAAAGAGCUAUAUCAUUUUGCUAACCCGAAUUACUCGGGGCGUUACACUGUACCGGUCCUGUGGGACAAGAAGCAAGAUACCAUGGUGAACAAUGAAUCCUCCGAAAUUAUUCGCAUGUUCUAUACCGAGUUUGACGACCUCCUGCCUGCGGAACUGCGCGAGAUCAACAGACCCGGCGGUGGUUUUUACCCCGACGCCCUGCGUAAGGAAAUAGAUGAGGUGAACGCGUGGGUUUACGAUACCGUCAACAACGGCGUGUACAAAACGGGGUUUGCUACUACCCAGGAAUCAUACGAAGACAACCUAUUCCCGCUUUUCAAGUCUCUAGACCGCCUCGAGGCAAUGCUUGGUCAUGGAAAACGGUAUGUCCUAGGGGACCAUCUCACCGAGGCUGAUAUUCGUCUUUACACCACCAUUGUGAGGUUCGACGUUGCAUACUACCCUGUAUUCCUCUGCAACUUGAAGUCUAUCCGGCAUGAUUACCCUCUUUUAUACCUGUGGCUGCGGAGACUCUACUGGGACCAAGGUAGCGAAACCCGUGGCGCGUUUUUCAAGACAACAGCACCCAACAUACAUAAUUACGGUUCAGGAUACGCAAAGGCCCGGCACAAAAUUGUGUUUAAUAGCGCGGAGCCACUAAUCAUCCCGGUCGGACCUGCCGUCUUGAUCGACCCGUUGCCGUGA